GUUUGUGAAAAAAUUACAGUGGAUGCACUAUUUCGCAUUUGAACAGAAGGUGAAUUAAGACAGACUGAUUUAAUAUAUAAAGAUGCCUGGAUACAAGAUUCCUAUUUCUGUACAGAUUGAUGUUAAAUUUAUUUGCAAAUCAUGUGGUUUCCUAUUAAGAGAUGCUGUGCAAACUAAUUGUGGUCACCAUUACUGCAAAAAAUGUUUGUUAGAGAUGUUAAAACAUUGUGGGUUUUUUAGGUCUGUCAGAUGUUUAGAUGAGAAUUGCAGCAGUGUAAUUGGACAUGAAGCGUAUUUUGAGGAUGCUUAUGUGAGAAGAGAAAUAUUACAAAUAAUUACACCAUGCCUGAAUAAAGAUGCCGGUUGUGAAUGGAGGGGUGAAGUCAGAAAUGCAGAAGAACAUAAUAAAGAGUGUACCUGUAGGCCAGUGACAUGCUCUAAUGCUGGCUGCAAUGAAAAUGUACCGCUUUCAAAAUUGGCUCAGCACCAAGAGGAGGAAUGUCAAUUUAGAGAUGUGGUUUGCAACUCCUGCAAUAUGGCAGUAAAGUGGGCUGAUCAAGCAAAACAUAUGAAUGAAAGCUGUGAAAACAUACACAUAACUUGUGGAAACUGUGGGAAGGAGAACAUUCAACUUUGUGAGUUGAAGAGGCAUCAAGAUGCAAAGGACGGUGAUUGUACACAAAAAGAAUGUCCAUACAGAAAGUAUGGAUGUGAGCAUGCUGUGAAGAUGGAUCCUGAAGAGUUUAGGGCCCAUUUGGGUGCUUCUAUAGUAACGCACUCGUUGCUCCUAUUGCCACAGCAGAGGGGUGCUAGCGACCAUCGCGGGGAAGCCACCGCGGCUGAGUUAAGUGCCUUGCGAGAAAGCCUCACUGCAGAUGAGGUGCAUAUUGCUGAACAUGACUGGGCACUCGACUGUCAUUACCAGAUGAUUUUGAACCUGAAAGAAGAUGUGGAGAAAUUGAAAGGUGUCAGGCGUAAGGAGGAUGGUCAGUGAUGGUUUCAUUGGUUCUUUGCUUUUCUUUUUCAGUAAAAUCGCAUAGCUAUAUUGCAUGAAUUGACAUAUGCACUAGUUAUUGAUUCUGUAUCAGUAAAAUUUUGCAUUCAAUGUGAAAUUUUACUGUUACAAAGUCAAAGUGAGAAGAAGGAUAAUAUUUCAAUUGUGGACCAGACUUUGGAAAAAAGAUCUUUUGAUAGUGAUGCAUGCAGCUAAAUAGAGAUUAAUUUGGUACGUAUUUUUAUAAUGAGUAGUUUUUCACCAUCGUUGUAUAGAAAAUGGUUUGAUAGAAAUUAAUCUGGGUGUUAGUCUGUGAUCCAGUCUUUAUCGGGUUUGCACAUAAUUCAGUUUGCAUAGAAGGUUAAGGUAAUUUUGUUGAACUUAAUGUCGGCUUUAUAGUGUUUUUUAAUCUUUAUGGGGUUUAGUUUAGUCUUAAUGGAGUCAAUUUGCACAUAGGUUGAAUGGUAGGUUAAGGUAAUUCUGAUGAACUUUUGUAGGCUUUUUAGGUUUUUUUUAAUUCAAGAUAGAUGUGCAUUUCUAGCUUUUCAUGGACUUAGAGUAGCUCUUUCAACUUUAGACUUGUUAAAAAUGCUGUAGAUCAUCCUUUUUUCAUUGUCUAGACCUGAAAUUGAUUUUUACAUGUAUAUAUUUUAUCACUAUCGGCCCUUUUUUUCUAUUUUUUUCGUUCAAACGAACAUUUUGCUGCAAUUGAACAGAACAGUUGCCGUCUUGAACGAAACAUGUGCAAUUGUUGCAUCUUUGGCAUUUUGAACACAUUACUAUUGUUCAAGGCACUUUGAUGGUUGGAGUAGCAUUUAACAAAUACAAGAGUAUCAGUAAAAAAGAACCAAGAACGUAGCAGCCUUUAUUGUAGGAGGUGACACUUACUUUGAAAUAUCAAUGUAAUUUAGACAAUGGUAAACCAUAUUUAAAAAUGACCGAGACUUGAGUGAUGAUAAAAACCUCCUCAUUCCUUGUCCAAAAUGCAUAAUAGAGUAUUGGCGAAACCAGUUUAGCGAGUGGAAGUACAAAGCGUUGCUCCGUUUGCUAUGAGCGUCGGUACAUGUACAUAAUUUUUGAUAUUCUGUGUUUGACAGAUUUUAAUCUGGUCUAAAUUGGACUUGCAUUCUUAGUUUAUUUUGAACUCUUUUUCACUUAUGGUGUACGUGACAUCGGUAAAAUAAGUGUUAAUGAUUUUGAUCAGAUUUUUUAUUUUUUUUUUUUUUAUUUUUCAUCAGUACAAUUAGUUUUAAUGAUUUUGAAGUUUCCCGUGGUUUCUUCGUUUGCCAAAAUUAUGCGUUUGUUGUUCUUGAGCUGUUUGUGCCUUAUUACAGGAAAAUUAUUUUGUUUGCGCAUGUCAACAGUCAACAGCGUGUGUUCGUAUAUUUUUUUUAUUUGAGAAUGAUGUGUUUGUCUUUUUGCAGCAAGAUUCCCCCUUUUUUUAAUUUUUUUUUUUUUUGGCUUAGCUAACUUACACAUUCCUUCCUAACGUUUUGAUGUUUGUUUAUCCGUUCUUUAGAAUACUUUUGUUUGGUUAAACUAUUCAUUAUCUUGGAUUUGUUCUUUGUUUGUUGUUGUUGUUUAUUUCAUCAAUUUGUCAGUUAUCACUUUUGUGAGGUAGAUAUUUUGUCGUUUAACCUUGUUUUCUUUACCUAUUUUAAUGUGUUAGAUUGUUCCAGAAUGUGCAUUUGUUUGUGGUUGAUUAAAGGUCGAAUAAGAACCGCAAGUGAAACGUAGAAAAAUAUGUUCAUUUGAUAAUUUGAAUCUAAGAGAUGCUAAAGGAACUUAGGGAAAGAAACAAAGGUGGAAAACUAGUCUGCUAUUUUCUCGGUACCGCUAACUUGGAAGCGAUUGUCUAUUACAAACUAACAACUUUUCUUAAUUGGUAGUAAAACUUCAUGAAGUUUAUUUCAGUCGAUCAAGUUAACCUUGACAUUACUAUUUUUGAUACUAUCACAUUCAAAAGGUCUUUUCAAAUUUUUUGUUCCUUUAGUGUCAUUUUCAGGCGUUAUUGGUACAUGCUGACACCUGGUCAUGUAUUGUGUAGUUAGUAGUAUAGUAGUAUCCAUUUUUUUGUGUCAGAUUAUUUUAAUCGGCUUGGUGUGUGAGAUCACAAUACUUCUUAGGGUUCUUCCACGCACCGUACAGUCGACGUUAGACUUUACACCUAAGUGGACAACUGUGACGGAGCUGAAUCCAUAGCAAAAGAAUACGGUAAAUUAAGUGGCGUAAAUUAAAACAAAAGAUGGAAAGAAGUGAUAUCAUCUAGGGUUACUUAGCAGACAUGUCGACCGUGGUAUGGUUCCCGCGUAAGCCAGCGAAGACGAUAUUUAGCACCGUCUACGUUGUCCAUUCCCAUAUAAGUUUGUGUCAGACUUGUGUAAUAGAUUCCACAGUCGAUUUCAGUUCAGUGUUUGGAGCCCGCGAUAUAUUUAGUUCUGCGCAAUCUUUGUUCUUUCUAUUGAAUUGCUUUUACCAAGUGAUAAAUUUAAUGUGCUUGCCUCCCGAAAUAGCUGGAUUACGAGCAGUCCCUCCUUUUCGGUGAAGUCUGUCGCGGAGUCCGAAAGAUUGUGCCUCGCCUCGCAGAACUCUGGGAGUGAAUUGGAAUUUUUUUGUCGCUGAUUUCUGGAACUCGCGCGACGGACUUUGCCGAAAAGAAUGGACUGCUCGUGGACUACGAAAUAGCAUUUAUUCUUGUCUAUCUACCGAGAAGGUUUCUUCACUUUCCACCUUUCAACCAUGGUACGUGUUCUUAGAAAAUGGCCCCCACCUGUAAUGUACUCAAGUUAGUCAAUGGGAGUGGCAAAAUCGGUUCCACACACUGCGCUGAAAUCAGCUGUUAUGUGCAUUUAAUUUGACCUUGCAUUUCAGCCUAGUGCGAGUAAAAAAUUAUUUAUUCCAUAUUUAUGGAGGAUUGUCCCAUUCGCUAUAUGGAGAAAGUUAUUUUGAUAUUACUGAAAGUUUCGUUUUCUUGUGUUACUAAUUUGUGGUGUAGAAUUUGCAGUGGUCGAUUACGUUAAAAAGUCCUUUGGUUUGCAGUGGAAUGUAAUGACAAAAAAAAGCUCUUCAACCACAUUUUGUACUUUAUCACACAAAGCUAAAGUUGAGGCGCUUUUUUUCUUUCUUUCUUUUUUUCUUUUUUUUUUAGGAAUUUGUGCUAAAGUGCUCACGCUUUUCAUGAGGGAAACGUGAAACUGUGUCACGCCCUUGAUAUGAUUUUGUAGAACUUUAUAGGGUAAUUUUCUCAGAGUACCAUUCCACCCAGGAUUAUCUGUGGGUACCAGCGGAAUGUAAGGCAACCCCUACAAAAUGCUGGGAAUUAAACUGUAUUGGACUAUUAUGCGAUCCAGGGAAUAUGCAACGUUCGUUCUCACGGCUUUAUUCAAGCAGAACUAAGCUAGGUAAUAAUAAUAAAGUUGAAGUGGUAAAUUGGCCACCGUAACGAUUACAAAAGCUGACGUUUCG